AUGGCGUGGGGUAAAGUCGUUUGGUUAUCAGCACUCCUUUUGGGCACGACUUUAAGUCAACCGAUACCUGACCCAGAUCCUCAAAUUCCUUGCGAGGAUUAUUCUCCAUGUGAACCCUGUGAUCCAGUACCUCCGUGUGAUCCUUGUGACCCAUGCUCAACUCCGUAUUCUGAUGAUAAUGACGUCAUAAAGAUUGGACCUUGCAAUCCUUCUGAGCCAUCUGUAAAGUAUUUGUAUGGUCAGGCACCCCAGGGUUCAGUGAUCUUCAGACCUGGUCACAUUCGUUUUCGGGCACCUGCCCCAAUAAUUGUUCGACCAGGAACUAUUCGCCUGCCCACGCCGCCUUCAAUCUGGGUAAAACCAGCACCAGUUCAACCAGCUGCCCCGGCUCCAAUAUCCGUGAAACCAGAACCAGUUCACCCGCCUACCCCAGCACCAAUUGAAGUCAGGCCUAAGCCUGUGUACCCACCACGUCCUGCUCCGAUUGUUGUUAAACCUGCGCCGGUUCAACCACCAAAGCCUGCUCCUAUUAAAGUACAACCACCUCCAAUACAACCACCAGCACCGGGAUUGCUAGUUGUGAAACCUCCCAGGAUUACAGUACCUAGUCCACCCAUCAUCUGCUUCCAACCAAACCCUCCGUCUCGCUUUAGUACUUCAGGCUGCGCGGUCGUUUCAUUGUACCAGUCUCAACCACCGUGUGCAACUGAACCUUCUCAACUGACAACUUACAACCCACCAUGUCCAUCUCCAUGUUUUCCGUCCUAUGCUUAG